CCCGCCCGGCUUCCCGGCUCUCACUUUCCUCCCACCCGGUUCGCGGCGCUCGGGAGCCAGGCGGGGAUGGAGCCGAGUUGCUCCCGCCGGACCAGCCUGCCCCCUCCUCUUCCAGCCCCGGCGUCCCUGCCCUGGCUUGCUCGAAGCACUGUCUCCUUGGAGAACGCUGGAAGAAGCCCCUUCCCCGGGCAGAAGCUUUUCCUGUCAACAGCUUUUCUUUCCCCGGCAUGGAACUCAUCGCAGAAGCAAAACCGAUGAGGGGCCACAUCCGGCUUAUCCUCCACGCUCAGUUAAUAACCAGCAAAGCAAAGAAUGAAGAACAGGACGAAGAAUUCAUCGAGCUCCUCGGCCUUCCCCUGGACUCCUACCCACCUGUGAUUCCCUCUUCCUGGAGGUUUCUAUUUGCUCCUCAGACUGAGGAAACUGUUAAGCUGAACAAGUAUCUUUGUUUGGAGAUUGUAUCUGCGUCCUUCACCACAGGGUGUCAUUUUCCUCCAUCUCUCCAGCCAGGCAUUCCUCAACUGCCAGAGCUGCGCACCUCAGCUCUUGAAGUGGUGGAGCCUGGCGUCCUGGACAGAGAGCAAAAGCUCCAAUGUAAUCUCGCCUUCUUUCAGGGCCGCUGACCAGAGGGAACAACAACAACAAAAAAGCACUGAUUGGGCUCUCCUGAUGCAGACCAGCCAGUGGCUCUGUAGUUUCCUUCUGUGUUUAAAAUUCCUUAUCUGGCCUUGCUAGCAAAUCAGCAAGCCUGCAGGUCAAUGCGGGAUUAUCUCCAGAGCUGGUGCUUCAAAGAGAUCGGUGCACACCAUUCCCCUGGGUCAGAUAGCUGUGUCGGCAAGAGGCGAGAGGCCCCGCGUAAUUGGGAGCACUCAGCUCCACACAUAACACAACCCAUUAGCUGUUUUUUAAAAGCAAGGUUUCUUUUUAUUUCUUCCCAUUAUAAAGUGAAUCAGUGCUCAUUAUUAGAAAAUCUGGCAAAAAAACAAAAAAUGGAAAGAAAAAAAUUCCUUAACGAUUUAGCAUAUUUGAUAGGUCUUGCUUUAAGUCUUUUACUAGGUUACUUCUUCAAUAGUUGUGAUUAUAUACGUUUUGCAAUAAGUAUAAAUUUGUAUUCUGGCUUUUUUUAAUUUAAAAAUAGAAUAGGAAUAUUUCCCUGAUUUUUUACAUUCUUGGAUAAAUAAAAUUUCCAUGGUAGCAUAA